GGUAGAAAUAUAACCUAAUUUAGCGUAAACGUUCUACAUAAAAUGUCAAUAGAAGAAUAUUUAUAGUGUAACCGAAAAAAAAUGUUGUUCUUUAAGAAAAAUUAUCGUUCACACUUACCUUUCGAUUCAGGGAAGUACAUUCCAGGAAUUUUAGAUGUGAUGACUGAGUAUGAUAAAAAAGGAAUCUUCGUUCGCUUAUAUUACCCAACAGAACUUAAAGGGAAUAUUGAGGAAUAUUGGGAUAAAUGGGUUCCAUGGAUUCCUGGUUACCAUUACGUACGAGGAUUUUCACAAGUUGUCAUGAUAUGGAUUAUAGUUGUACGAUUCGUUAUGUGGUUAUAUUCUGGUGUUAUUCAUAUUCCUGCGGUUAAUGGUGGAAAACCAAAACAAAAUGGUAAAAUGAAAUGUAUAAUUUUAUCGCAUGGUUUAGGCGGUUCAAGGUUUUUUUAUAGCACAAUAUGUGCAGAUUUAGCAUCAAGAGGUUUUCUAGUCGCUGCAAUUGAACAUAGAGAUGAAUCCUGUUGUAGUACUUAUUAUUAUAGUAGUGAAGAUGAUGCCAAACGUGGAAAACGUACUUUUAUCGAAUAUGCACGUAUUAAUUUCGGAGAAAAUCAUUUACCAGCCAGAAUGCGUCAAGUUAAAUACCGGAGUGAAGAAUGCAUAAAAUUGAUAAAUUUAAUUUAUGCGAUAAAUGAAGGUCGAGCACCCCGAAAUGUUUUAGAAGAUGUACAAAAUGAACGUACAGAAACAAGUCUUGAAGCGUUUCAUAAUUGUUUGGAUCUAUCAGAUAUAACGAUGAUGGGUCAUUCAUUUGGGGGUGCUACUUCAUUAUUAACACUUGCUAGUGAUGUUCGACUCAAGCAAGGUAUAUUACUUGAUCCAUGGAUGUUUCCAAUUAAAGAUGAAACACCAAUUUUUGAGAAGUUACAUCAACCAUUACUAUUUAUAAAUACACAAACGUUCCAUAUAGCCAGUAAUGUGAAUGCCAUGGAGAAGUUAUUAGUAAAAACUGAUCUAUCAGAUCGACAAAUGUAUACUUUAUUACAUACAACCCAUGAGAGUCAAUGUGAUUCGCCAUUUGUUUGGGGAUAUUGGCUAAAUUGGUUUAUGAAAAAGCUGAAUCCAUUAACUGCCAUUAAAAUCAAUAAUUGUUUAAUUUUACGUUUUUUGCAUAAACAUGUCGGUUUUCCUAGUGAUAUUAAAACAAUUGAAGAUUAUCUAUCAUCCCAAUCACCAAAUGUUGUUGAAGGUCUUACAAAACCAUGGUCUUGAUCUUUAAUGUCAUUUUUAAUAGUUGAAGUGUUUAAUUAUUAUAUAAAGGAUACUUAUUAUAUUCCCUAAUAACUUUAUGGGUGUUUUAUUAUUAUUAUUAUAGGACUGGGAUUGUGCGUAAUAUUUGACAGUCAUUUCACAGCGACUGGUUUUUAGAGGUCUAUUGUACAGAACCUGGCCAGCAACUAUAGUUAGCCAGAAAUACUCGAUUGAUUUCUAUUUUUUUCCUUUCGCAUGCAGUAGGUUGAAACUUAUCGAAUAAAAUUAAGAUAAAGCUAUAUUCUAGGAUAUGGCGGGUAAAAAAAUCCACGAACCCUAACUUUCAGUAGUAAAUAAACUCCUGAGUCGUUGUGGAGUAUUUUCUCUCAGAGGAAAUAUAUAUGGCAGAACGACCAUUUUCGAGAGAGAAGCGGUGUCUGCCAGUAUUACACAAUACUGGAAAACAUUUCCUACACUCCUCUUCCCCCCGAAACUACCCCCAAUUAGUAAAAGUGGUUCGUUUGCUACGGGGCGGGGAGAAAUAUGUGCCACUUCGGAUAACGUUUGCAAGCGGUAGAAAUUUUUUUAGUUGAAUUCUCCCAUGUUUAUUUCAAAUUACCGUCAUACUGCCAUUUUGCGGUGUGUGGCACUAUUUUUCCAUAAAAGUACAUGUUUUAUCCGGCUAGGAUUCACUUUUUCCGGUUUACUUCAAUCCCACCCCACUCCGAAACCGCCAUUAGGGUUUAUUUUUACGUCCCAUAUCCUAAAAUACUAAUUUGCAUUAUAUGAUUUUUAAGAAUUACCAUAAUGGAUUAGGGUGUUUCUUGUCUUAUUAAUUAGAACGAAUACGGGGUGAACUAAAUUUAUUCAAACUAAUUUAAAACACUUAAUAUUUCAAAAUUACUAUAGAAUUGAAAUUUAAUUUUCAAUCGUUUCGUGUAUAAAUGUAAAGCUGAGUCAUACUUGUGUUUAAAUAUAACCUUGAGAUAAAAGCUUCUCAAAUUUCCAGUUAUUAUGAACCCAACUGUCAAAUAAUACGCCUUUACCUGCAGACCUAUUUUCUUAUUAAUAUUAAUUUAAUUUUUAUUUUUAUAUUUUGUCUUUAUAUUCUGUUUUUGGUUGUUAAAAAUUUUAUUGUUAAAAAAUAUUUUUGUUAAUUUAUUUUAUAAAUUUUAUCUCGUUAUUCAUAUAUGGUGUGGUACCUUAGCUGUAAAUACGAUGUCAUACGGAAAAAUAGACAUGAAACUUGUAUAUUUUCCGGGAAAUAGUCACAUGCAUUUUAAAUUUCAGGCCACAUACUUGCCAAAUUUCAUGUCACAUGUUUGUUAAAUUUCUAGGUAUAGAAAGCAUCGGUCGUACUUUCAGCUAAGGAAUCGUAGGUAUUUAAUUGAAAUGUCGACACUAAAAUGCUCAACUCUGUACUUAAAAGUGUUUGUUGUUUAAUAAAAACAAAAUGUGAUUCUA